AUGGUUGAUGUUAGGGAGUUUUUUAAGCCUAGUAAUGACAGUAAAGGUCAGAAAAGGUCUAUAAAAGGCAAAUCCACUCCUAAGAAAGCUGUUUCAAAGGUGAAGGCGGUUCAAGAGGAACCAAUUGAUUUGGAUUUAGACGAUGAUGAGCUUGAUAAGAUUCUCACAAAUGAGAGUAAGAGUUCAAGUCAAGUUCAUGAUGUUUCAAGUGAGAAGAGUAUACUAGCAGAAAGAAAGAAAGAUUUAGAUGAUGCAAAACCAAUGCGUGAUGAGAACCCAUUGAAGCCGGAGUUUAAGUCAUCUGCACCAAAAGUUGUUAGGGCUAAAAAGUCUGUCGAGAAAACGGACUUUGAACCUACUACAGCUUCCAUAGGUAAGAAAGAACACCUUACUGCUGAAGAAGUAUUAGCAAAAAUUCCAUCUAUUGAUCUAGAUAAGGUUCAUGUGAAAGAGAAUGUUACUUUUAACUUUGGCGGCGGGGGUGAGAGUAGUGGAUUGGUCCGCGAAGAUGCAAGUGAGGAGUUUGCCAAAGGUGCACCAAAUUGUUUAUUGGGCCUUACUGUCGUGUUUACUGGUGUGUUGCCAACUUUAGAUCGUCCUAAUGCUGAAGCUCUAGCGAAGAGGUACGGUGCUCGUGUGACAAAAUCGAUCUCAGGUAAGACUUCUGUUGUGGUCCUCGGUGAUGAGGCUGGCCCUAAGAAAUUAGAGAAAAUAAAGCAGCUUGGUGUAAAAGCCAUCGAUGAAGAAGGCUUCAAGCUUUUGAUUAGUGGAAUGCCUGCAGAAGGCGGUGAUGGUGCUGCGGCUGAAAAGGCUCGUCAGAAAUUGAAGGAACAGGAAGAGGAAGUCCAACGUGAAGUAGAGAAACUUGCCAAUCAAGAAAAGGAGCGUAAGCCCAAAGUAUCACAAAACGCUGAACACUCUAAUCCAAGGCCCGAGGUUCGCGAGCAAGAUAAACUUUGGACUGUCAAGUAUGCACCUACAAGUUUACAACAGAUAUGCGGUAAUAAAGCCGCAGUUACUAAGUUGAAGAACUGGUUACAGAAUUGGGAAGAGCAUAAGAAGAUGGGGUUUAAAAUUUCAGGUAGAGAUGGCUCCGGGAUUUAUCGGGCAGCUAUGUUGUCAGGGCCGCCUGGUAUUGGGAAAACUACAGCAGCUCAUUUGGUCGCAAAAGAAUUAGGAUACGAUAUACUUGAACAAAAUGCGUCGGAUGUGAGAUCUAAAAGUCUCUUAAACAAUGGAGUUAAGAAUGCAUUAGAUAAUACUUCUGUUGUUGGGUUUUUUAAGAGUAAAGACGAGAUCACCGGGACGAAUGGUCGUAAAUUUGUAAUUAUCAUGGACGAGGUUGAUGGUAUGAGUGGUGGUGAUAGAGGCGGUGUUGGACAAAUGGCUCAAUUCUGCCGUAAAACUUUAUCCCCAUUAAUUCUUAUUUGUAAUGAGAGAUCCCUUCCCAAGAUGAGACCUUUUGAUAAAGUUGUUUGCGAUAUUCACUUUAGAAGACCUGACGCCCAAGCCAUGAAGGCCAGAUUAAUGACCAUUGCCGUACGUGAAGGCUUCAAAUUGGAUCCGACUAUUAUUGAUCAAUUAGUUGCAGCUACAAGGGGAGAUAUCAGACAGAUUAUAAACCUUUUAUCUACAAUCUCUAAAACCACUAAAUCCAUUAGCCAUGAAAACGCUAGUCAAAUUUCUGCUGCUUGGAAAAAGAAUGUUGCCUUAAAACCAUAUGAUAUAACCCAGAAGAUGUUUGAAGGGCGUAACUAUACGGAAGCAGGCUGUGAACAAUUCCCACUAUAUAAGAAAAUGGAACUAUAUUUUGAUGAUAUUGACUUCACACCGCUGAUGAUACACGAAAAUUACCUCAACACCAGACCAAGUAAUUUGGGUGGUAUUUCGCAUUUACAAGCGGUUGUGGAGGCAGCAGAUUCAAUUUCAGAAGCUGAUUUGGUGGAAAAGAAAAUCCGAAGCAGUGAACAGCUUUGGAGUUUGCUUCCCUUCCAUGCAGUUAUGUCUUCCGUCAGACCUGCUUCUAAAGUCGCCGGUCAGAUGGCCGGUAGGAUUAACUUUACCAGUUGGCUGGGGCAGAAUUCAAAAACGGGCAAAUACUAUAGGUUAUUACAGGAGUUACAUUACCACACCAGAUUGAGCACCUCAGCAUCGAAGUUUUCUUUCAGAAUGAACUAUAUGAGCUGCUUGAAACGUAGAUUGUUAAAUCCCUUAGUAGAAGAAGGUACGUCCGGAAUACCCAAAAUAAUUUCUGUCAUGGAUUCUUAUUACUUAUCGAAAGAGGAUUGGGAUACGAUAAUGGAUUUCCUAGUUGGCCAUGAAAAGACUGAAGCAGUUCUUAAAAAGAUUCCUGCUGGUGAUAAGCGUGCGUUCACGACCAUGUAUAAUAAAACCACACAUCCUGUUGCAAUAAAUAAGACAGGUCUUUCGACUCCAUAUGGCGGUAAUGCUACCAAAGCAGUUCCGGACUUCGAAGAUGUUGUGGAUGCCGACGAUGAUUUGCCCUCCGCAGAACCUGAAGAUGCCAAAGAUGAGGACGCUGAUCUAAAAAAAGACAAGUUAAUAAAGGAGAAGAAGCCUAGAGCACCAACUAAAAAGAGAAGUACAGGGGCUGCUCCCAAGACGCCUUCUAAGAAGAGAAAAACCACUUCUAAAUGA